GUUGACAGUCAUAAUGGCCCUCCGAAAGAAGCUAUGAGUACAAUGCGGCCCGCGAAAAAAAUGAGAUUGACACCCCUGGUGUAUAGUGCAAAUGGGUUUUGUAAAGGAUAGUUUAAGAACGAAUUGUGGACCUUGGAUUCGAUGUUAUAAUAUCUAAUAUAAUAAAACCACUAUGCACUCAAAAAGCACAAAACGUGCCAGUUCUUAACCUUGUAAAAUCAAAAUGAGCAAUUUUAAAUGGCAUGAGGCACACAAAUAUACUGUUGUACUACAUGUUUACUAUUCUUACCAAUUGUAUAGUUUCCUACCCUUGCAAACAACUCCCAUGCUGUUGAAUACACAGUACGUUAUCAGUCAAAGGCUGAAUCGUGGACAUACCCACCAGUCUUGUUAAGCUCAGCUAAAUGCUCUUCACAAUGCAAAUCCCUUUGCACAGCAUGUCAGCAUUAUGCAUAAGUGCACGAGACUGUAACAUGUAGACAAGAACCACAAAGCCUCCAUGAUUUUCUACAACUGACAUGGAAAAUUGAGGGAACUCGUCCAAUGGACUAAUCUUUGCAUCGCUUGCAUUGAGAAUCAUCAUCUUCAUCUGGGAUUUUUUUUUUUUUUAAGGCAAAUGUUUUAGGUCGGUUUGUGUGAUGAUUCAAAUGUAUCAAAAGAGUAUUCUUUUCAAAUAAGACCUACACGUUCCAGACUCUGCAGCAUGCUAGGGGUUGAAUUUGACCAAAUUUUGUCAAGACUACUACUGGACAAUCUGGUGUGAUGGCCAGGCUAGAUCUGUUUUGUCGUGGUGGUCUAAGGAUGCAGACUUUGUCCCAUCGUAGCUUCAGCUGCAUACAUGGACACAUGAGCAGGUGGAACAGCAAAGAAACUUCCAAUCCACCAACUGAUCAGGAAAACCCACGAGUGCUCAUCACGGGUGGACUUGGACAGUUAGGUGUGGGGCUUGCCCAAAUGCUCAGGAAAGAAUAUGGAACAGAGAAUGUAAUUCUCUCAGACAUAAAGAAGCCCCUGCCUCAUGUUUUUAAUAGUGGACCAUUUGUAUAUGCUGAUGUGUUGGACUACAAACAUCUGAGAGAAGUCAUUGUGAAUAACCGCAUCAACUGGCUUGUCCAUUACAGUGCUCUGUUGAGUGCUGUUGGGGAAGCUAAUGUGGCUUUAGCUCGCAAAAUCAACAUCACAGGUCUACAUAAUGUGCUGGACUUGGCUUUGGAGAACAGCCUGCGCAUUUUUAUGCCGAGCACCAUUGGAGCAUUUGGUCCUUCCUCUCCUCGUGAUCCGGUGCCUGACCUCUGUGUCCAAAGACCACAAACCAUCUAUGGCGUGUCCAAAGUUCACGGUGAACUCAUGGGAGAGUAUCUUCAUCAUAAAUAUGGCCUGGACUUCCGCUGCUUACGUUACCCGGGAGUGAUAUCAUUCAACACACUUCCUGGGGGAGGCACAACAGACUACGCAGUUCAAAUCUUCCAUGAUGCCCUCAGAAAGGGUCACCAUGAGUGCUACUUGCGCCCCGACACCCGUCUUCCUAUGAUGCACAUCUCUGACUGCCACCGUGCCACUGUUGAGUUUAUGCAGACCCCCGAGUGUCAGCUCUCCCUCCGUACCUAUAACAUUGCUGCCAUAAGCUUCACUCCAGAGGAGGUGGCCCAGGAAAUACGCAAGCAUGUCCCUCAACUGAAGGUCACGUACAAUCCAGAUGCUGUCCGUCAGACAAUUGCAGACAGCUGGCCGAUGCGGGUUGAUGACUCGAACGCCCGGAGGGAUUGGGGCUGGGUGCCAGUGUUCGGACUAGAGGACCUGGUUCCGGACAUGCUGCACUCCAUUCAGAACAGUUCAGAACAGACGUUCCACAGUUAGCUAGAACACUUUUUUCUUCUUCCAGGAAAUGACAUAUGUCCAGUUACUAUGUACUCUUGUUCCGUUUUGUUUUACAAACUCUAAUCCCAAUGAAAUAAAAACCAA